AUGUUUUCCUGUCCCCUUUGUUGUUGCAACACAUUUAGUUCUAAGGAACUACUUCUUGAUCAUCUUACUAGUUUAACAAAUAAUCUGUCUUGUCCAAUAUGCAAGGCCGGUAUUUCGUCUAUCGACGAUCUCUUACUACAUUUGAAAAGUAGUUGUGCACAUCCAGUUAUUUUAGUUGAUGAAAGUCAUAACCAAGCUGAACAACAAUUAGGAUAUGAGUUGGAAGCUAGCGAUGAUGAAGAUGGGGCAAAGCCCAACCCAGAACAAAUUACUGAAUACAAUUCUUUAUACACAGAAUUAGUUAGCGAAAAUGUUCAAGAACUGAAGCUUGUUAAGGAAUGCAAUAAUAGAUAUGUUCUUAUAGGAAAUAAUGAAUCUGUGAUAAAUGGUGGAGCCACUUUGGUAUCUAAACAGAAUGAAGAUGGAACUGUAUCAUUCAGUAUAGAAGAAUCGGAAAAUACCGACUGCCCUGAUGAACAGCAAGCUGAUGAAUAUGCCAACACAGCUGUGGAUUCUGAAAGCCAAGCAACAGGUGAUCCUGAACAGAAUUUUGAAGUCUACAGCUGUAACACAUGUGAUAUGACAUUUACUUCUGUUCUUGAACACAUACAGAACUAUCAUAAUGACCAAGAUGUUGUUGUUGAGGAGCCAAUAGAUUCAGUUGCUGACAAUCAAACUGUAAGUGAUGAUGUGAUAGAUGAUAAGCAAAUAGCACGACGGAUGAUAACAGAUACAGGGGAUAUUGUGGAAGAAUUAGUGCAAGAUAUAGAACAAGCGGAGCAAGUUCCUAGCGCCGAUAUUAAGACAAAACAGGAGAAAACGAAACGACGAUAUGUUAAGCAAGACAAAAAGGAAAGUGUUACUGAAAUAACGGAGCCCUACCACAAAGUGAUGCUGAAGACAAUUGUUGCCCCAAAUGGGACCAUAAUGAAAGCAUACUGCUGUAUGUUUUGUAAAUCCCUUGUGUCAUCUUUGGCGGAGUUCAAAGAUCAGCCAUGCGUCCGGAAUAAUCCCUCGAAGUACAUAUGCCAUGUUUGUAGUGUCACCUAUGAUAAUGCUAAGUCAUUGUGCGCGCAUAUGAAAGCACAUAAGGAGAAACAAGAUCCCACCUUAAAAAUAGUCACCAGUAAGUUUGAAUGCGAAGUGUGUAAUACAAAAUUUCGAACGAGCAAAUCUCUAAAACUACAUAAACGGAUGCAUGAUCCUAUUAAACCGCGACCUAUACAACCGCCAGUUGAUACAUCCGAGAAAAAUCCAACGAAAGAUAAAUUUCUGUGUGGCGUUUGCAAGAAGUUAAUACCGUUGGACUACCUUAAAAUACACCAGAAGUCGCAUCAAAACGCUGACGAUUUCACAUGUGAUUUGUGCAAUAAAAAGUUCCCCACAAAGGAAUACAUGGAGAUGCAUAUGAAAGUACACAAUAUGUAUAAGGCUGUACCAGGGAAACAGGAGAGUGGAUCGCUACCGUAUAAGUGCGUGUAUUGUUCUAGAGAGUUCGCAAGACCACACGAGAAAGUCAAGCAUGAGAGGAUUCAUACAGGUGAAAAGCCUCACUCGUGCGAGAUCUGUGGCAAGUCUUUCCGCGUAGCAUACUGCCUCACUCUGCAUAUGCGCACGCACACCGGCGCAAGGCCAUACGAGUGUCCACACUGCCCUAAAAAGUUCAAAGCGCACAGUGUUUACUAUCAUCACAUCCUCACUCAUUCGGAAGUGCGCGCAUACAAAUGCCCCUUUUGCCCCAAAGCCUUCAAGACGUCAGUGCAAUUAGCAGGACAUAGGAACUCUCACACCAAACCUUUUCUCUGCCAACAGUGCAAUAGGCCGUUCGCGUCGCUAUACGCAGUGCGGGUGCAUAUGGAAGUGCAUACGCGCCAAAACAACCUUAAGUUCAAAUGCACCGAGUGUGGCGCUAGCUAUGCGCGGGCCUUCGCCCUUAAGGACCACGUCAAACAGGCGCACGGCCAUCUGGGGGACGUACAGAUCGAUAAUAUUGUUACUGUCGAACACAAAGAGGUGGAAUCGCUGUGGGAGCCAAAUCUUAUGUCGGAGUCGGUAGAAGUUAAAUCUCAGGAUGCGGACAUCCCCGAAAUUAAUUCACCAGAACUUAUUGCUUAA